CCCUGGAGGCCCACAUGUACCCCGAGAAGCUGAAGGUGAUCGCUCAGCAAGUGCAGCUCCAGCAGCAGCAGGAACAGGUGAGGUUGCUGCACCAGGAGAAGCUAGAGCGCGAGCAGCAGAUCCGAACCCAGCCAGCGCCGCCUCCCUCCCAUCACGUCACCGUGGUCACCAUGGGCCCGUCCUCGGUCAUCAACACAGUCUCCACGUCCCGGCAAAACCUGGACACCAUCGUCCAGGUAGGGGGGACCAAGGAGGACAGCGGCAGGGGGGCUUUGGGGGGUCCCUAACCCCCCUGCACGUGUCGGAGCCGGGGACACGACGUCCUGACGGCCAGUGGUUGCCCUUGGCAGGCGAUCCAGCACAUCGAGGGGACUCAGGAGAAGCAGCUGCAGGAAGAGGAGCAGAGACGCGCAGUCAUCGUGACG